AUGUUGAACCGUCAAAAAGUUGAGGCUUACUUAGAGGCUUUUAACCUCAAAGAUACAAAAUCCAAGCCUCCGGAUUGCUCAUGUGCAUCUUCUCAAUACAAUUAUAGUCCAGCUGGUCAUAUUAUUACUGGUGACCUUGGUAUUGUUACCAAUGAACAACUAAGAGAGUUGCUAGCCAAGGGACCAAAGUAUAGAAUCCCCCAGCCUAUCAACUGGAAAAAGAAUUUCAAGUUACUGAUGGAUGCAGUUGAGGACUAUGCAAGAAAAUGGAUAAAGCGCGAACCAGACGAACCCGACCUGGACACUCUGUCUGAAUGGAUCAAAGCUAUUCGAUCAUGCAUUCAGAGGCGCAUACAAAAACUAAGAUGUAAUAUGAGUACUAGAGUUUCUAACCCUUUCAAGAAUCCGGAGGUUGUGGAUGCUUUAUCCUCUUUGCAUGACAAAUAUGUCGUUGUUCCGGCAGAUAAAGCCUCCAAUAAUAUUGUCUUCAUAUGUAAAAAACAUUAUUUGCAAUGUCUCACUACAGAGCUUGGAAUUGAUAAAACUACUGAUUUAGGAUUAAUCCUAACACAGAAAAAUCUGUUAGAGAAACCAAAAAUGAUAUGGAAUAUGGAUGAAUCUGGAAAAUCUUUCGAACAUAACCCGGUGAAAGUAGUGGCAGAAAAGGGGGCAAAAAAUGUACCAGGACGCAUAAGCGCUAUCAGCACACAUGUGACGAUAGUUGCUUGUGUCAAUGCUAUAGGGGAUAAGAUGAGUCCUUUGUUGGUUGUUAAAGGUAAAACAGAAAGAUCGAUAUUUGGUUUCAAUACACAAGAGGCUCCAUCUGGGACCAUGUGGGAUUACCAGGAAAGUGGGUGGAUGGAUGAUAGGAUAGGAGAAAGGUGGUUUAAGGAAAUAUUUUUGAAACAAUGUGGUAAUGAUCGGCCACAUAUUCUAAUUUUGGAUAGGCACUCCUUACACGAAUCAUUGGCACUAAUACAAGAGGGAAUCAAAGAAGAUGUUGUUGUUCUGUCACUGCCGCCGCACACAACACACUAUUUACAACCACUCGACAGAACUGUAUUUGGUCCAUUUAGCAAACAAUAUGACAGAGCGUGUUCUGAAUUUCUACAACAGAAUAUACUGCACAAAGAGGACAAGUGGACUUUCCCAACUUUGUUCCAUACAGCAUGGAAUUCUGCAUUAACCAAUGAAAACAUCAAAAGCGGAUUCCGAGCUUGCGGAAUUUACCCCUUCAAUCCGCUAGCAAAUUCCAGAGUGUGCUUACCUUCCAAGUGA